AUGGAGUGGACCAAUGACAGCACAUUUCCUGGGUUCAUUCUUUUAGGUUUUUCUGACCAACCUCAGUUAGAGCUGGUUCUUUUUGGGGUAAUCCUGUUCCUUUACCUCAUGACACUCCUCGGCAAUGCUACCAUCAUCUUAGUAUCCCUCUUGGACUCUAAACUCCAUAAUCCCAUGUACUUUUUUCUCUCCCAUCUCUCCUUCCUGGAUCUCUGCUUCACCAGCAGUAUUAUUCCUCAGCUUCUAGUCAACCUGGGGAGUUCAGAUAAGUCCAUCACAUAUGGAGGCUGUGUCAUUCAGCUUUAUGUCUCCCUUGCCCUGGGUUCCACAGAAUGUGUCCUCUUGGCUGUGAUGUCCUAUGAUCGCUAUGUUGCAGUCUGCCGUCCUCUGCACUAUGCCUUUGUUAUGCACCCUCAGCUGUGUCACAUACUGGCAUUUAUGGCAUGGCUCAGUGGUGUGGCCACCACCCUGAUACAGUCUACUCUCACCCUGCAGCUGCCCUUCUGUGACCAUCACCAAGUGGAUCAUUUCUUCUGUGAGGUUCCUGUGCUCAUCAAGUUGGCUUGUGUGGACACUACUUUCAACCAGGCAGAGCUCUUUGUGGCUAGUGUCUUAUUCCUGCUGGUACCCUUGUCACUCAUCCUGAUUUCUUAUGGGCACAUUGCCCAAGCAGUUCUAAAGAUAAAGUCAGCCAUUGGACGACGUAAAGCAUUUGGGACAUGCUCCUCCCACCUGAUGGUUGUCAUCAUCUUCUAUGGAACCAUCAUCUUCAUGUAUCUCCAGCCUGCCAAGAGUAGAUCAAAGGACCAGGGAAAGUUUGUGUCCCUCUUCUACACCAUUGUGACCCCCAUGCUUAACCCCCUUAUCUACACCCUGAGAAAUAAGGAAGUGAAAACAGCACUGAAAAAAAUUCUGAGGAAAGCUCUCUGA